AUGUUGAUGGCAAUUCCGAAUGAGCUGUUUAAUAGAAUAGAUAGUCACGGAUCUGCAACAGAACUUUGGGAUGAGCUUGAAAAGCAGAUGCUUGGUAGUGAAAAAUCUGUUCAGACUAGGAUGAAUCAAUGUAUUAGUGCUUAUGAAGGAUUCAGGGCUAGAGAGAAUGAAUCAAUCACUGAAUUCUACAAUCGAUUCAAUGUGAUUCUGAUAAGGAGAAAUGGAAUUCAGAAUUCCAUGUCUGAGAUAAACUACAAGUUUCUAAAAAAUCUGAAGCCAGAAUGGAACACUCUUGCAGCGAAUUUUCAGAUGAAUAAGAAUAUGUCUGAGGAAGACAUUCAUGAUUUGUACAACAUCUUGUUUGAACAAGAAGAGACUUCAGAGAAUUCCUCUGCCGAUUCUAAUGAUGACAUUCGUGAGUUUUCCAAGAAACUUGCCUUGCUGACCAAGAAGUUUCAGAAGAGAUUUGGGAAGAAGAAAUUUGUGAAAUAUGAUAAGAGCAAAGGGAAGGAAGUCAAGCAAGAAAGGUUUUCAAAAGCCAGAGACCAGAAGGAGACAAACGUUGAAGAAAGCAAAUGCUUCAACUGUGGGAAGCCUGGUCACUUUAUCAAGAACUGCCAUUUUAAAAAGUUCAAGGAUUCAAGUUAUUAUCUCAAGAAGGCUUAUAUUACAAAAGCCCUUGAGGAUGACAAGGCCUUGGUAGCUGAAGAAGAGAGCUGGCUGAUAGAUUCAUCAGAUGAUGAAGCUGCACACUUUACACAAGUCAACAUGUGA